AAGCACACCGUACCUAAAGGCACAUUCCUUGUUUAUGACAACUACAAUAUGCUUCGGUCGGACACUCAUUGGGAUAAUGGGGGAGAAUUUAACCCUGCCCGUUUUCUAGACAAUCAUGGUUGUUGCGGUGAAUUUAAGCCGAAAGCGUUUAUGCCAUUUGGCACGGGUAGACGCAUGUGUGCCGGCAAUUAUUUUGCAUUCAACACCCAAUUUUUAUUUAUGGUCAGAUUUUUGCAGCUAACUAAUAGUCACCCUGUUGUAUUGGCGCCACACUAUUGUACGCCCGAUAUAUUGUUGCCCGAUCCCAACGCGUCACAGCUCCAUACCUUGGCCAAGCCAUAUAAAAUAAUCACAUGCCUAUUUGACGACAAAUAUAGCACCGAUGAAAUUGACUACAUUAUAGCCAGUUAUGAGCGCACGGGUGACGCGAGCCGACCCUGGCCUGUGUCGAUGGUGGGCCUGGAAAAGGAGAUAUGCAGCCAAUACAAGUCCCAAUUGCUAUACAUAAUGGAUUACGUGGUGGACACGUACCGUGAAGUGCCGGAACUGCCCACCAUAUACCGGCUGUACGUGGUGGAAAUGUUACGGUAUUUUAACCAGGUAUGCACCAACACCAACAGCAAACUGAACUCGCUGCGUUUUAUGCGUGCGAUAAACAAACGAGCUAGUGAAAUCGCACCCUAUCGCGAAAAAUUGAUUAAUGCGUUCACCAUAAUGGCACAGCAAGCGGAUAAUGGCACCUCGGACAUUGUUACACUUCACUGUUACUACGUAAACUACAUCGAUGCCACCGGGCGCGUACUUCCCGAGGACCUGUUCUCCCAUGUUUUGGCCAUGUUUGAGGGUGUGGUACACAGUGUGUCCAAUUACUUGCGCAAGCUCAACCCUUUGAUCGACGUGGCCAAGUGCGACACUGUCAAGGCCCCGGUACUAAGUUCAGAUCUGGACAUGGGUGAUAAACGAGCAUCUAUUCACAUGGCCAUCAUGGACGCCAUGUCAGUACUAUUUCACAAGAAAAAGCUCCAGGGUUAAGCUAGAAGCUAAGCAUCAAAUACCACCUUGAUGCCUUUUACAAAUUAAUAUAAAUUACAAUUACCUGAUUAUUAAUUACAUUCCAUUUAACUAACCCUGCCCCUA